ACAGUCUUGAAUGCAUUAGUAAAGUAAGUUUGACAACAGAUUGUUGGAAAUCAAAAAAUCAAAAGAUUGAGUACAUGGUUGUCACUGGCCAUUGGAUUGAUUCUUCGUGGAGAUUGCAAAAGAGAGUUUUAAGCUUCAUCAACAUUCCACCACCGAGGGGAGGUCUUCAGAUUUCUGAUGCCAUAUUCAAAUGCAUGAAAGAGUGGGGCAUUGAAAAGAAAGUUUUUACAAUUACAGUUGAUAAUGCUUCAAGUAAUGAUUCUGCUAUUCGGUAUAUGAAGGAUACACUCCAAAGAUCAAGAAGUUUGGUAUGUGGAGGACGUUUAUUUCAUGUUCGUUGUUGUGCGCACAUUUUGAACUUGUGUGUACAAGAUGGAUUAGAAGAGAUCCGACACAUCAUUAGUGAUGUUAGAGAUAGUGUGGAAUAUGUGAACCGAUCAGAGGCUAGGCGUAUACAAUUUGCAGAUUGUGUGCAACAAUUGCAAUUGAAAGAUAGAAAAUUGAUUCGUGAUUGUAAGACUAGAUGGAACUCGACUUUUGAGAUGUUAAGUUGUGCACUUAAGUUCAAAGAAGCUUUUAAGAUGCUACAAGAUCGUGAUCCAUUCUUUGACAGUUGUCCAUCGGAAGCUGAUUGGGAUAAUGUUAGCAAAGUUUGCUCAAUAUUAGAGGCUUUUUGGAUAGCAACUCACGUAAUUUCAGGUUGUGAGUACCCAACUUCAAAUUUAUUUCUUCAGGAAGUUCAAAAAAUCAAAUCAGCAUUGGAUGGUCGUGUAGAUGAUGAAGAUUCCUUUAUUCGAAAUUUGGUUCUGAUAAUGAAGAUGAAGUUUGAUAAAUAUUGGGGUGAGUGUAAUUUGUUGAUGGCUAUAGGUGCUGUAUUUGAUCCAACAAAAAAAAUGCUUGCAGUUGAAUUUUGUUUUCCUAGACUUUAUUCUAGUAAGGAAGCUGCAGAAAAUAUUUCAAAAGUGAAGGAGAUCAUUAAUACUCUUUAUGAAGAGUAUGUUGCUAAAUCAAUCAACCAAGGAAUUUUUACAAGUCCGGCAGGUUCUUCAAUGGCUUUUGAGAGCCAAGUCAGCCACCAAAGUUCUACACAUACUUGGGAUGAUUUUGAUGCAUAUUGUGCACAAGUUGAGACUGCAGAACCUAAAAGAUCAGAGUUAGUGGACUAUUUAGAAAAAGGGCGUCUUAAAAAGAAUGAGCUUCCUAGUGACUUUUCUUGUUUGGACUGGUGGAAGAUGAAUAGAAUGCAGUAUCCAAUACUGUCAAGAAUGGCGGCAGAUAUUUUAGCUAUACCUGUUACUAGUGUGGCUUCAGAAGCAACGUUUAGUGCUGGAACAAGGGUAAUUGAUUCUUAUCGUGCAUCAUUGUUACCGGAAACAGUACAAGCUUUACUUUGUGGGGGUGAUUGGCUUCGACAUAUACACGGAGUUACCAAAAAUAAAAAAGAUAAAUCGUACCAAGAAAUUUAUCUACCUUUAUCCAACUCAUGAAAGUACGAUGAAGACUUGUAGUUGAUGUGGAAUUGUCAGCUUGUAUGGACUAUUGAGUACUUUGAACUAUGCAGUUUGGACUUAUGAUGUAUUAUUAGUAAUGUAUGAGUACAAAAAUUAUUAUUAUUAUUUGAUGCAUCAUGCAUGUAGUUAAUUAAGUCAAAUUCGAGCUCCAACACGAGCUCGAACUCGAGCCAUGACGAGUCGAUAUUCGGCUCGAGCUCGAGCUCGAGUUCGAACAGUCGAGCCAAUCGAGCCGAGCUCGAGCUGCUCGAAAAUAAGACGAGCCGAGCUCGAGCUUCAUUUUUUGAGCUCGAUCGAACUCGAGCCGAGCUCGAGCUCUCAUGUUUCGAGUCGA